CACCGCUUUUUUGAUCUUUUGAUCUUUCGAUUUUUUCGAAAGAUGGGCAAGCAGCACAAACCUACUUUGCAGCGUGGCCCGAGCCGAUUUACAAUGCUGGAGACGGACCCUGAUGGCGUCGAGUCGGACACGGACACGACGACUGUGAUCGGACGAGCUAUUCCAGACGGCGUCGCAACAGUGCCGAGCAUUCAGAUGAGCACGUUCGCCAGCUCUGCGAUCGUCGAGCGUCUGCACAACAAAGCCAAAAAGCACAACCAGAGCCAGAGCCAGAGCCAGAGCCAGAGCCAGAGCCAGAGCCAGAGCGUCGACCAGAGCCCGAGCGCAAGCCAAAGCCAGUUCCAAAGCAUCAACGCGGGCGAGCCAAGAGAGCAAGCUACGCCUACGAGUGCUACAACUGCUGCUGCUACUGCCUCUGGUACGCCUGCAGCUGCGGCCGGUGGGGCGGUCCUGCCCACAUCGGCGCACUUCGUCGACGUUGCAGCAACCAUCAAUCGCAAUCUUGCCGCGUCCAAGAUGCAGCUCGACUUUCUCAAAACGGCCAUGAACGACACUCAGGAGACCAUCCGCUUCUUGGAUACAAAGGCAGGCGUGAUUGUCGCAUUCGAGUCGGCUCUGCUCGGCGGCGUCAUGUUUGAGGCGUCGUCGAUGGACGUCAUUCGCAUGAUGCUCAACGAAGGUAUCACGGCUUUCAACGCAUCGUAUGCCCUCGUAUUGGCCGCGUACUCCAUCCUGAUUGUGCACCAUGUCAACCUGACGCUCAAAGCCAUCUUCCCCGCGGAAAACCCUGGUGCCCAUGUCAUCAACGGCAACCUCCAGCCGGCCGGCAUCUUUUUCGUGUGGCAGCAAACCCCUGACGGAUUUAUGCGACCCACCCUGCCGGAUUACCUGGCCAAGUUGCGUUCAAUGUCCGAGGACGACUUGGCGGUCGAGUAUGCCUCGCAGGUGCUCAAACUCUCCUUCAUCCGCAAACACAAGCAGGACCUGCUCUCAAAGUCUUUCACUCGGUUAAUGCUAUUGGUCGCUGGGUUUGUUGUGCUACAAGGGUUUAGGGUAAUUGCUGGGUUUAUGCAUGAGCACGAUCCCAGCAUUCCGGCCAGCCUGUAAUGAAAAGUUGUCGUGCUUUUGUUUGCCGUGACAUUUUUCCGACGAGUUGGACUGUAUUUUUGCCAAAGAUUUUUUUCGGUGGAUUCCCCAAUCACAUCACACGACAUACGACACAUGUUGCACGUCGAUCUGCUGUAAUGUCCAA